AUGAACUCGGGAAGUACACUUGAGCAGAAGGGCUGGAAUGACGUCAGCUUGCACGAGUCAACUCAAGUAAAGACGCCGAACCUUGACGUGAUGGCUAGCGACGGAGUCAUAUUGAACAACUACUACGUCACUCCUCUCUGCACUCCGUCGAGGGCGGCGCUGCUAACUGGAAAGUACCCAAUACGCUUAGGCCUUCAGCACGACGAAAUUCGUGCGGCGGAGCCAUUCGGGCUCCCACUCAACUUUAAACUGCUUCCAGAGUACCUGAAAGAACUGGGCUACGAAACACAUGCUGUGGGAAAGUGGCAUCUUGGGCAUUUCACUGCUAAUUAUACUCCUACGUACCGUGGCUUUGAUAGCCACUAUGGCCCUUACACGGAUCACCAAGAUUACUCGGAUCACACUUCACUAUCGCUGUUCAGCACAGACAAUGACACGUGGACAGGAUGGGGCCUUGACAUGUGGGACAACAUGAAUCCAGACCAGGAGUCAUCCGGUAAAUAUGCCACCAGUCUGUUCACCGAGAAGGCUAUCGAAGUCCUCAAGAAAAGAAACCAGAACAGGCCCAUCUUUCUGUACCUGUGCUACUCCGCUGUGCACGUGGGAAAUACGUACUCUCUUCUAGAAGCUCCGGAUGAAGAUCUACUCAAGCACAGCCACAUACUAAAUCCGAAGCGAAGAGCAUAUGCAGCGAUGGUGUCGGCGCUGGACGACAGCAUCGGCGAGAUAAUAAAGGCGCUGCUCUUCACCAAUGCCAUCAAAGACACCAUCCUAGUGGUGACCACGGACAACGGAGCUGCUGCAGGAGGUAUCGACAACAGUGCGGGCUCCAACUGGCCGCUUCGUGGCACGAAGGGCACACUUUGGGAAGGAGGCGUUCGAGGGGUGGCCUUCGUCUGGAGCACAUUCAUCAAACGACCUCAUGUGGCCCACCAACUCAUGCACAUCACUGACUGGCUGCCCACUCUUUACGCCGCUGCAGGAGGUAAAGUGGACGACCUUGGUGAGAUCGACGGCCUCAACAUGUGGGACACGCUUAUCGCGGACAACGUAUCGCCCCGAAGCGAGAUUCUGCUCAACAUCGACCCGGUGUGGAACAUGUCGGCUCUGCGAUACCAUGGGUACAAGCUGGUCCAGGGCUCACUGGCCAGGGGGCGUUACGAUGGGUGGUACCGGCCCAUGGAACCGGGAGGCCAACCAAUCAACAUGAACCGAAUGCGGUCUCAAUUCUUCCACUCGGCUGCACGGUUCAACUCCAAGUGCUCGGCCGCGCGUACCAUCCGUGCGAUGGGCCGCGCUAUGCCAACGCAGCGCCCUGACGAGCUGUUCGUCGUGUGUGGCCACAACAAUGGCACAGCGUGCCAGCCCAUGCGGCAGCCCUGCCUGUUCAACAUCGACUCUGACCCAUGCGAGCGUGACAACAUCGCCAAGGAGCACCCAGAUAUUAUAGAUUUCCUGCAGUUGAGGAUGAAGCAGUACAGAAAGAAGAUGGUUCCUCCCAUCAACCAGCCGGCCACAAGAAAGGCCGACCCUAGAAACUUCAACUAUACAUGGGCACCAUUUAUGUAAUUCGAAACACUCGAUAUUGAUCCUAAUGUACUAGGUAAAUAAACAUUGCCUUUAAUGCAUGAA